AUGUCGUUGCCCUGCAGGUGUUGCAAAGAAAUUUCUGGUUUAGCUACCUUCCGCGCAUUGGGCGCUAAGUCCGAGAAAAAGACUAAAACCUUUUCGCGGGAGGCUGAUCCUUUUUUCUUCACCGCACGCAAACGCAUCACAGACCACCAACACCCACACACCAACAGACCACCCACACCAACCAUCCUCGACUUCCAUCCUCCACAUCCCACAAUGAACGCCUUCAUCGCUUACCCCAGCUCGACCGCCUACAACUGCCAGAAGAACGGCGUAGCCACCCGUGCCAUCUACAAGCGCCGAAGCCCUCGUCGCGCUAACAGCAAGGAGAUUAACCACGCGUACGUCGAUUCGCAGAUUCUCCAGCGCCCGAAGACCGUCAAGCAGUCGACUCCCGCCGACGUUGACUACGAGUCGGGCCUCUACUCCGAGUUCGAGCUCGAUGCCUACGCCUCCAACGAGGAGCUCAUCCGCGCCUUCGUCUCGACCAACGCCUAA